AUGGGUUCCAUUGCGAUAGAAGCCCCAAAAGAGACAAAGCCAACCUUUGGCAAAGAUGCAAACUCACGAGAAUAUGCGCGCUCUCUCGAUGCCAAAUGCCAUAUGCGAUCAUUUCGUGAAAAGUUCAUUAUCCCCUCGAAAGCAAACACAAAAUCGAAGAAAGUGGUCAGGCCAGAACAAACAACGGAUGACCCAGUGAUUUACUUUUGCGGAAAUUCUCUCGGUUUGCAGCCAAAAGCAACACGGGAAUUUCUGGAUAUCCAUCUCAACACCUGGGCAUCAAUCGCUGUCAAUGGUCAUUUCAGAGAUCUAGAAGACUCACCGCUUACACAAUGGCAACUUCUCGCCGAACAUGCAUCAAAACAACAAGCUCCUCUCGUGGGAGCUUCUCCUUCAGAAGUCGCCACGAUGGGAACGCUGACCGGAAACUUACAUCUCCUAAUGGGAAGUUUCUACAAGCCAACCGCGACGAAAAAUAAAGUCAUUCUGGACUGGAAAGCGUUUCCAAGUGAUCAUUACGCCAUCGAGUCGCAGAUACGGAUGUGGGGAUAUGAUCCUAAAGAGUGUAUGGUGAUGAUCGGUCCAAAAGAGGGAGAAUACGAGGUUUCCACGGAAAGCAUUCUAACACUUAUCGAUGAACACGCUUCAACCACUGCAUUGGUAAUGCUUCCAGGAAUCCAAUACUAUACCGGCCAGUAUUUCGACAUUCAAAAAAUCACCGUACACGCACAAUCGAAAGGUCUUCUGAUAGGUUGGGACUGCGCCCACGCAGCUGGAAACGUGCCACUUCAACUUCACGACUGGAAUGUCGAUUUUGCAGCUUGGUGUACAUACAAGUACAUGAACUCCGGACCUGGAGGCAUCGCCGGAUUGUUCGUGCACGAACGACAUGGAAAGGUUGAAUAUCCAGAAAAUGGCAGCGCUGUCUUCAGACCCAGACUUUCAGGUUGGUAUGGAGGAGACCAGGUCGGAAGAUUCAAUAUGGACAACAACUUCAGACCUAGUCCGGGGGCCAGUGGGUACCAAGUCUCCAACCCCUCGGUCGUGGAUCUCACAUCGUUCUGCGCAUCUCUCUCCGUAUUCAACCAGUCGUCCAUGGCCGACGUUCGCAAAAAGGCAUUAAGCAUCACUGCAUACCUCGAACAUCUCCUCCUCUCUACGUCCACAGAAGGCGAGCGCGCAUUCAAGAUCAUCACACCCUCAGACCCAUCAGCCCGCGGAACACAACUCAGCGUCUUGCUGAAACCAGGCCGUCUAGAGACUUUGUCGAAUAUGUUGGAAGAAGCCGGUAUUAUUGCUGAUAAGAGAAAACCCGAUGUCAUUCGUGUAGCGCCGGUGCCGAUGUAUAAUACUUACGAGGAGGUGUGGGAGUUUGUGCAGAUUUUUAAUGAGGCGUUGAAGAGGUGCGAGUAA